CUUGCCUUGUCUAAAGGACAGAGCCUACAGAUGAAGAGCCUGCUUCUGACUGUCACACUGUUUGUCCUGGUGGCUGUCCUACAUGCCCAGGAUGACCUGCCCUUCUUCUCAGAAGACAAGAAUGUCUCAGGGACCUGGUACAGGAAAGCCAAAGUGAGUAAUGCGAACAUCACAGAGUUGGAGAAACCUAUGGAAGAAUUCCCUUUUAUAGCGAGAGUGCUGGAAAAGGGACACAUAGAGAUCACGGUCUUUACCAUAUUUAAUGACAAGUGCAUCCAGAGUAAAUUCGUGAUGGAGAAAACAAAGAAGCCUGGCCAGUACAGUGCCUUUUGGGGCACGUAUCUCACGUACAUCUAUGAACUGCCGGUGAUGGACCACUACAUCUUCUACAGUGAAUUGAAGGUUUUAAAGAAGAAAGUCUAUAUGGGAGAUCUCAUAGGGAAGGAUCCCACAGAGAACCACAAGGCCCUAGAAGAAUUCAAGAAAUUCACAGAGGGGAAAGGCUUUCUACAGGAAAACAUCAUUGUGCCUAAGCAGAGAGAAAUGUGUGUCCCUGUAGAUCACAAAGCUGCCUCUCACAGAUGCAAAUCCUGAGCCAACUCUGCACCAAUGCAUAGCAAUGCCUUUCUUGGAGUACUCAUCUCCCUGGACCAUGCAGCCAUGAGACACACCUUUCAAGACCAUCUCACGACCUGUCAGACCACACUCCUGCUAGGACCUUCUGCCCCACCCCAAACCCAAGUAAAGCCUUAAGCAGCCA